AUGCGUGGAGGUGAUGCUAGACUUGGUAAGAUAUGGCUUCAGACAGCCGAGGGCGGGGUUUCGGGCUACGGCACAGACAACUCAUCGAUAGACGCAAAGGGCCGUGCCGCGUGCGUUUCAAUGAUCAAGAGCUCCGUUGAGCGGUGCACGAUGAGCACCUUUGGCUUCUUCCUCACCCAGGAAGACCCCUCAGGGCUGAGGGCACCAACUUCACGGGCGACACCGACGGUGCCAGUGCAGCCCCUCCAGACUUUGCGUGCAAUCGGCGGUGCUGGACUAUCACCUGAUGUUGGAGUACUUGGGGACCCUUUCUUAUGCAACAGGCGGGGCGAUCAACUUAACUACGGCGUGACAGACGUUGGUAAGAUGGCGUACCUUUUGUUACCUCCGGUCUGGGGGAGAAUCCUUGUUACUAAUCCAGACCUCGAAAGUGGAACUGCGCAAGAGAUCUUUCUCGAUUCCCUCAAGGAUUGCUACACUGUUGGCUCCGAUAUGUCAUCCGACCUUCUGAUCGAAAAUCCUUUCAUCAGAGACGACUCGGCAACCGUCAGAUACACGAUUAAAGACAACAAGAGCAGGAACGGAACAUAUGUAAACCGCCAAAGAAUUUCAGCUGAUAUGCAGCAUGAUAUUCUGAGCGGUGCGGUCAUACAUCUUCCGCGUCGACCCCGUCACUUAGCGCUUGAGUUUUUGGCUACAAACGAUAACUCAUUUUCUUCUCAUUUUGACUUAAAAGAACAAAUUGGAUGCGGAGGAUUUGGGGUUGUCAAGCGAACCUGCAACCGAAUUAACAGGCAAGAGUAUGCCGUCAAGAUCAUGCGUAAACCGGAUUUACCUCCCAGAUGGGACCGUCGUAAUGAAGCUCAAAAUGAGAUCACUAUGCUGAAAACGUUGAGACAUAUGCUGACCCUCGCCCAGCCCAACAUCGUCCAACUUGUCGCCGUUCUAGAAGAGCAUCGAGAACUCUCCUUAGUCGUUGUGAUGGAAUACGUACCACACGGCGACCUUCACGAUCUUAUAGAAAGGUCGGUCAUUGCCAACGUAUGGCUCUUCAAGCCUCGAUCAAGAACCAACACUAAGACUACGUGCCAACAGAAUAUUCUGGUUGCUUCCUUGAACCCACCCAGGACAAAGUUGGCGGAUUUUGGCAUUGCAAAAGCUGCAGCCAAUGGUAGCUGCUGCAGGACGUUUUGCGGUACACCGUUGUACAUAGCUCCAGAAGUGGUUUGCAACCGAAUGCUGGGCUACAAUGAAUAUGAUAACAAGGUCGACGCUUGGGGCCUGGGCGUCACGAUCUUUUUUAUGUACGUCUGCUUUUACGAUGGUACCCCUGCAUUUUCGCCCCUGUGCUUAGAUGAACUGUCAGUCCGCAACAUGAUUCUUGGUAUGCUUGCAUGGGCAGUAGAAGAUCGUCUAUCAAUCUCCAAUGUCACAAAGCAUGAUUGGAUGAGAGAGUUAUGGUCUAUUCGGAAUGGAACAAGCAACGUCAGCACCUAA